AUGGAAGGAGAUCAUUUUGUAAAAAUAUUAAUUGUAGGUGGUCUCCAAAGUGGAAAAACCUGUUACUUUAAUAGGUAUAUUGAAGAUACCUUUACCCCCCAGGAAAGAAACUGUUACCUUGGCAAUAUUUUUAAAAGGAAAGAGAUUAUUUUUGAUAACUAUAAAAUAAAUCUUUUACUGAUAGAUGAUAAUGAUUUAAAUUCAAGUUUUAAAAAUGAACAUAUGGAACAUCAAUAUUAUGGGGUCCAUGGAAUUGUUUUUAUAUAUGAUAUCUGUGAUAGAAGUUCAUUUAAUCAGUGUAUAGAACAUUAUAAUGAUUUAAAUACAAAUCCAUGUGGUAAUUCCCUAAAAAUUUUUGUUGGAGCAAAAUUAGAUAUAGCUGAAAUUGAUGAAAAACAAAGAGAAGUGACUUAUGAUGAAGGAAAAAAUUUUGCAGACCAAAUAGGGUCAAAAUUUUAUGAAGUUUCUUCAAAACAAAAUAUUGGUGUUCACCAAUCCAUGUUGGCUUUAAUUGGACAAAUAAUAGAUAGAUGUAUCAAUAGCAAUAAUAAUAAUAAUAGUAAUAAUAACAAUAAUAAUAAUAUUAUUAUUAAUAAUAAUAACAAUAAUAAAUCAACAUGCACUAUUCAAUAA